CCCUUUCCCCCUCGCUGUCGCUCUCUCCGUGCCCCCACCAUCUCUCUCUCUCUCCGUUUCUCGCCUGCGCUCUCUUACUCUCUCUCUCUGAUCUCAUUUGCUGUUCUCUUGCUCCAUCUCCCCGCGGGGAAAAGAAGGCGUCCAGUCAAACUGUAGACUUACCGCAGACACAGCUCAAGACUUGUGCCGGAUACAAGCGCUUUGUAGCUGUACAGGAUAAUAACUGAGUCUCGCCGUUAAUUAACGUCAACGUGAACUGAACUUGGACUGAAGCAAGAGAUGUGAAUUUUUUUAAAACCAGGACCGAAGUGAGCGACUCGUCAGCGUAGAGACUUCACAUUGUCUCUGUGAGACUUAUUUAACGUGGAAUUAUGGGACUAACACGCAAAGUGGACAUUUACACGUUGCUCAACGACUGUUAGGAAGAAGUGGCUUCUUCUAGAGGGAUAUUGUUUUUUUGUUUUUUUUUGUCCACAUUCAGAUGCUGAUUAACGAGCUGGACUUUGCGAGACACCGUUCAGCGUGUGAGCCGCGCACUGUGUGAGCUGCGGGUGGCCGUAUUGGUCGGAGUGUGUGUGCGUGUGUGUGUUUUGAAGCUGGGACACACUGGCAUGCUCUUACGGCCAACAGUGCCGGGGCUGUGCGCGAUGUUGCAGACGAUUUAUGAGACAGAAUCCUGCUUCUCCACAGACGCACACAGCACAGCCAGCCGGGAACAGCCCACUGAACUGCUGCCUCACAGCACCACCAACAACAUGAGCAGCACCGAUUCCCCAGAUGACGCAGCAGUGAUGUCAAAAGCUUUUUUCGCGGUGGAGGUCAAGAGCUCACUGUCCUCUGGCAUGCAGAGUCCAGUCGGGGGAGGAGGUGGCGAGCAGGGUGGAGGUGGUGGAGGAGGAGGAGGGCCGGUGGAUUUGCGGACAGAGCUGCGGGCAGACCCUCGUCUGAGCGCUCUCAGCGGUAUGGACCCGGCGCUGAGGGAACAGCAGCUCCAGCAUGAGCUGCUGCUGUUAAAGCAGCAGCAGGAGCUUCAGAAGCAGCUGCUCUUCGCCGAGUUCCAGAAGCAGCAUGAGGUCCUUACCCGCCAACAUGAGGCCCAGCUGCAAGAGCACCUCAAGCAGCAGCAGGAGCUGUUGGCAGUAAAGCGUCAGCAAGAGCUGGAGCAGAAGAGGAAACUGGAGCAGCAGAGGCACGAAGAGCUGGAGAAACAGAGGCUGGAGCAGCAGCUCAUCAUGCUUCGCAACAAGGAGAAAGGCAAAGAGAGUGCCAUCGCCAGCACUGAGGUCAAACUAAAGCUCCAGGAGUUCCUGCUGAGCAAAAAGGAACCCCCCUCUGGCGGACUCAACCAUUCCUUCCCCCAGAAGUGCUGGGGUGCCCACCACACAUCUCUAGACCAGAGUUCCCCUCCACAGAGCAACACCCCAGGCACCCCACCGUCUUACAAACUGCCCCCACUGCUGGGGGCCUAUGAGGGCAAAGACGACUUCCCUCUCCGCAAGACUGCCUCCGAGCCCAAUCUGAAGGUGCGCUCCCGAUUAAAGCAGAAGGUGGCUGAAAGAAGGAGCAGCCCUUUGCUCCGCCGCAAAGACGGCACUGUGAUCAGCACCUUUAAGAAGAGAGCCAUCGAGAUCUCAGUCUCCUCAAUGUGCAGCAGUGCUCCUGGCUCUGGCCCCAGCUCCCCAAACAGCUCCAACAGUGCCAUCGCAGAGAACGGCUCCAGUGGCUCUGUCCCAAACAUCCACGCUGAGCUGCGUUCUCUGCACCAGUCUCUGAAUGCGGACGGGACAGCAAGCCCCCUCAGUCUGUACACCUCUCCAUCUCUGCCCAACAUCUCUUUGGGACUGCCAGCUAACGCACACAUCACCGCCCCUCAGAAGCUGACCGUCCAGCAGGAUGCAGAGCGGCAGGCUCUUCAAUCCCUUCGGCAGGGCGGAGCUCUGACGGGGAAAUUUGUGAGCACCUCGUCUCUGCCGGCCCACGACCCAGACCCUCCAGCCCCCACAAACAGCCACAGCACACACUCCUCCCUCCUGCAGCACGUCCUGCUGCUGGAACAGGCCCGGCAGCAGAGCGCCCUGCUCGCAGUGCCCAUGUAUGGCCAGUCGCCAUUGGUUACGGGCGAGCGAGUGUCCAAUAACAUGCGGACAGUGACCAAGCUGCCGCGGCACCGUCCACUGAGCCGUACGCAGUCAGCUCCGUUACCACAGACGCCUCAGGCCUUGCAGCACCUUGUCAUGCAGCAGCAGCACCAGCACUUCUUGGAGAAACAGAAACACUACCAGCUCAACAAGAUCCUCUCCAAAGGUGCGGAACUUCCUCGCCAGCCUCCUACCCAUCCAGAGGAGACGGAGGAGGAGCUCACCGAGACCGCAGAGAUGCCUGAUGAACGAGGGGAGGGGCCUGAGCAUGUGAGGGAGGGGCUACAUAAAGAAAGUUCUGGUGAGACCACGCCCCCUUCAGAACGCGUGGUCCCACUGAAGGGCGAGAGCACAGAGAGCGACCUGGAGGAAGAGGAUGAUGAAGAUGAAGCCAUUGAGCUGAAGGAGUGUGAUGAGGAGGCUGGCCCCUAUGGGCAGUUCUCGGAGCAGCAGCACCUGCAGCAGCUGAAUGUAUUCCAGGCUUCUCUGUCCAUUACGGGAAUGCCCCACAGGCCUCUGGGACGGGCGCAGUCCUCCCCCAUCACCUCCAGUCUUAAAGGGACACCCAUGAGCGAACUACCCAUCAAGCACCUCUUCACUACAGGGCUGGUGUAUGACACCCUCAUGCUAAAGCAUCAGUGCAUGUGUGGGAACACACACAUCCACCCCGAGCAUGCUGGCAGAAUCCAGAGUGUGUGGUCCAGACUGCAGGAGACCGGCCUGCUGGGCCGCUGUGAGAGGAUCCGGGGCAGGAAGGCUACGCUGGAUGAGAUCCAGACGGUGCACUCGGAGUACCACACACUGCUCUACGGCACCAGCCCGCUCAACAGGCAGAAGCUAGACAGCAAGAAGCUCUUAGGUCCAAUCAGUCAGAAAAUGUAUGCUGUACUGCCAUGUGGAGGAAUUGGGGUGGACAGUGAUACAGUGUGGAAUGAGAUGCACUCUUCAGGUGCCGUGCGAAUGGCAGUGGGCUGCGUCAUCGAGCUGGCCUUCAAAGUAGCAGCCGGAGAAUUAAAGAAUGGGUUUGCGGUGGUCCGUCCUCCUGGUCAUCAUGCAGAGGAGUCCACAGCCAUGGGAUUCUGCUUCUUCAAUUCAGUGGCCGUCACAGCCAAGCUGCUACAGCAGAAACUGGGCGUGGGAAAAAUCCUCAUUGUAGACUGGGACAUUCACCAUGGUAAUGGGACCCAGCAGGCCUUUUACAAUGACCCCAACGUGUUGUACAUCUCUCUGCACCGCUACGAUGACGGCAACUUCUUUCCAGGCAGCGGGGCUCCUGAAGAGGUGGGAGUGGGGCCAGGUGUGGGCUUUAAUGUGAACAUUGCCUGGACAGGAGGAGUGGACCCUCCCAUGGGAGAUGUUGAGUACCUCACAGCCUUCAGGACAGUGGUAAUGCCCAUCGCCAACGAAUUCUCCCCUGACGUGGUGCUGGUGUCGGCUGGCUUCGACGCCGUUGAGGGCCACCAGUCCCCUCUUGGUGGCUACAACGUCACCGCCAAAUGCUUCGGUCACCUGACCAAGCAGCUGAUGAAGCUGGCAGGCGGUCGUGUGGUCUUGGUGCUGGAGGGGGGUCAUGACCUUACAGCUAUCUGCGACGCCUCAGAAUCCUGCGUGGCUGCUUUGCUCGGCGACGAGUUGGAUCCUCUGCCUCAGACUGUGCUUCAGCAGAAACCCUGUCCAAAAGCCACAGCUUCCCUUGAGAGAGUCAUUGAAAUUCAGAGUGAACACUGGGCCUCAGUGCAGCGGUCAGCUCCAACAGUAGGUCAGUCCCUGCUGGACGCUCAGCGGCGGGAAAAGGAUGAGGCCGACACAGUGACGGCCAUGGCCUCUCUCACUGUGGACACGGAGCAGUCAGCAGCCUCCUCACAGAGCAGCAGGGCUGCCGAGGAACCAAUGGAAGAGGAGCCUGUGUUGUAGGAGGAAACAUCCAGCCUGAAUCACCGCGGUGACCUCAGCGUCCACACCCGCUUGGCUACACCAGUCACCCUCGAGUCACGCCUCCUUUUCCUCCACCCAGCUUUAUGAUUGGUUUCCUCGGCCCUUCGCUAAUUUCCAGGUGCUUGACGGACAUACACACAGUCGCCCACCCUCUGCUUUUCCUGAACGUCCUAAAAACAGGCGACACACACAGACGGCAGCGGGGGAACGGGCAGCCGACCGGACAUCCAGACUGGACAUCCGGAAGUGGGACCUUUUCAGCAAGGCCUUGGUUUUAUUUUCUCUCCUUUCGGUGGACGGAGGAAGUAAGAAAAAAGAGAGAAAGAGAAGGAAAACUACAGACGAGCAGACAGACAAACAGACAGACAGCGCUGGGAUGUUGUCAUGGCAACAAAAAAAGAAAAUAAGUAAAUAAAAAAGCUUUGUACAUUUCCUGUACUUUAUACAAAACAUGUUUAAAAUGGAAAAAGCCAACAAGCAGCAAAAAUAUUUCAACACCAAACACACACGCACUAAAACUGUUUUGACCGUCAUGAAACUAGCUCACUUUUUUGCAAACGUGAGAACCUCUUUCUUCUCUGUUGUGUCUGUCAGUUCGUUCACUUGUCCGUAUGUACAAAUAUCUUGUUCAGAAAAAGCACACAAACAUAUAUGGAUAUUAUAUAUGUAGAAGCAUAUAUAUAUAUAUAUAUAUAUAUAUAUAUAUAUAUAUAUAUAUAUAUAUAUAUAUAUAUGGGGUUUUGUGUGUGAUGUAUAAACACACAUGUACACUUUGUAUUCCCUUUAUCAUCUACACAGAAGUUGAGCCCGCAACCUUUUUUGGCGCUCGAGAAAGCAAGGUUUUCUUGGCGUCCGGCCAAUUUUCGAGAACUUUUGCUAUUUUUUUAAUGUCUCACAAAAGUACAGGACUAUUUUUGGAGGGCAUAUGACUCACUACAACUACCGCACACUCAUAAACAAUGGCCGUGCAUUGACUGAAGGAGUGAGGACUGAAAAAUAUGUGGAACACUUUCAGUAUUUUUCUCUGUCUUUCCUGACCUUGACAAGGGAAUGUGGAUGGACGCAUAGAAAGAACUCGGUGCCUUUUAUACUAAAGAAUAUAUUUAAAACACAAACACCACCUAUUGCAUCAGACAUCCACAGUAAUACAGCUCUUGUGAUGAUUUGUUUGUUUUUUUGUUGGUUUUGUUUUGUUCUUUUUUUCCUGUUUCAAACUGCCUUAAUUUUUGAGAGAGCGCCGUUUUUAGCCAUCCAGUUGGAGAGCACACUGAGGACUUGGGCCCUCUUUCCCUUCUUUCUCUUUUCCUUCUUUCAGGGUGUACAUGUUCUGCCCGUGGUAAAAGGUCAGAGGUCUGACCUUAAGCCUUGUCGUUGCUAUUUUUUUCUUUUUUUGUUUAUGUGUUUGUUUUUCAGUCUUGUGCCGUGCAGCGGCAUGUAGUGUGAUCUGAUCGUAUGGAAUUGCUCAUGAUGAUGAUGACCAACUUGUGUUUUUUUUUUUGUUUGUUGUUUUUUGGGUCACGUUUCUCCUUUGUACAUAGCAUUUAGCUCUCUUUUCUCUUUGGACGUCUUUGGAAGUUCAAUAAUGAAAACUUUUUUUCCAUUAAGUUUUCUGAGGACUUUUAAAUGUCUGUGGUCACUUUUAUAUGGAAACGUUUCCUCUUUUUUUUUUAUGAAAACUCAAAAGAAAAAAACAAAAACAAACGAUCAGUGUUAAUCUGCUCAGUCAAUCUAAAAUAUUCUGUAUCAAACAAGUGUAAUGUGCUGGGUGCAGAUGCACGAUGUUUGUUAGUUGUUUUUGUUGUUGUUUUCUUUUUUUUGUUUUCUUCCUAAGUGAUGUUUAUGUGUUGUGUCACUGCGCGAUGAAUGUGGCAUCAGGGUUUUAAGGGCAGAUACGAAUUUUGUUCCUUAAAAGACAAAAAAAAAACACAGUUACAGAUAUUUUUCUUUUUAUAAUGUAUCACUGAUUACAGGCAAUAAGGUCAAACACCACUUUGGCUUCGAACACUACACAUACUCUGCCACCUUCUGCAAGAAUAUCGGCCACUUUCAUUGCCCAUUGAUAUAGCUUUACUUCUUUGAUUAUUUUUGCACCAGAUAAAUUUUAUUUUCGUAACUCGACGGUUUGUUGUUUUGUACGUGUAUAAAAGUGGGUGACGCUCUUGCCGUUCACUGACUUUACCUUUAAAUAAGACAGCAGGCCGUUCUUCUGCAGGAACUUUGUGUAGGGACUUCUCUUUGGGCCAAUUUCAGUCCAGCCUUCUGUCACUUUGAGACAUAUCUGUAUUCAAAACCUGAGAAUUAUUGUUGUAGGCAUUUCUCCUGGUCAGCAAAUGAUUCAUUAAGGGAAAAAAAUAAUAAAUAAAAAGCGCAUUAAUACUGUUUAGAAUGGCAUGUUUGUAGCUUCAGGGCUGAACUUGGCCUAAAACUUCAGCCCAACACUGCUGUGAGACACAACUCUAAAUACUCUUAUAUACAUAUAUACAGUACAUGUACCAAAUUUGGUCAUGGGGGAAAAGAAGUGGAGUUUAUUCUAGCUUUUAUCUUAAAUCCGAUGUGGAACGUCUCGUCCGGUUGUUGCUUUCUGGGCACUUUUUUAAAAUCCUCGUCCGUGCAGAAAAAGGAAACGUUGAUCCGGCAUUUCUUGACUCUCUCUCCUUUAUUUAUUUGGAGUCAGAAAUGGACGCUGAAGGAAAGUUGCUUUUGGAUUUCCGAGGUGUUUUUUCGAAGCCUUGAAUCUUCGUCUUAUUGUAAAUCUUUUGAAAUAUGUGUUCGUUCACUCAGCCUCACAGCCUUUGGGCAAUAAUUUACUAUUAUAUAUUGCACAACUCUAAAAGGCAACAUAAGCGAAGUUAUGGCCAGUUUUCCGUAAUCCUCCAGAAUAGUGUUAAGACUUUUUAACACGUUCCAUUCACGUUGCGAGCUCCGUUUCGAAAACACUGAAGUCACUCAUAGUCUGCGACAGUUGCUCGUUUGUUUGUGGUCGAUUGCUUGUCAUUCGUUUCCUUCAUCGGCGUACCAGCUUGUUCCGGUCACUUUCUUUGGUGGUCUUGAGCUUGGAGCACAUGUGCCUGACGUCGCACACAGACACACUAGGUGUGUGUUUCUGCAUGACAGGGUUGGAAGUGUGGUUAAAAAAAGUAAAGCAGUCACCUGAGACAUAAGACACUUUGUGUAAAAAAAUAAAAAAAAUAACACAAUAAAAAACAAGGAAAAAAACUAACAGGGUUCCAACAUAGUGCUUGGACCCCUAAUAACAACUGGGGCCUAUUUGGGCCGUUGUAAUUAAAAUGCUGUAAUAUGUACAGAGAGAACUCCCCCGUGUGUGUGGCUGUGGGCUUUACUGUCCCAACGAGAACUACUGUGACCAUGUUUUUGUAACGUUUCGAUGUAGAUCACUGACCAUUGCGAUUUGUGCAGUUUUGUAUCGCAAAUCCUGUAUCACGGCUGUGCAGUGGGUGGUGAAAGGCUUUUUUUUCCCCAAACAGGUCGUGCUCUUUCGGAUGUGCUGGUGCCGUGCCCUUUUUUGGGCCUUUACUUUCUUUCUGAGUGUCGAAUGAGAGCAGCAGGCAGAGAGGACAACCAGUUUUUUUUUUCUUUUAUUUCUUUUUAUUUUGAGGAAUGUGAUCUAAAACAUGGCCUCCACCGCGAAAAGUUUUUCUUUAAAAAAAAAAACAAAAAAAAGACACAAAGGCAACAGUAUGAAGAGGGCCUUAAAGUGGACACUGGAAGACCUCUUUUUUCGUGUAAAAGGUUAUCAACAUUCACCAUUGAAGAUAGCUUUGUUGUCGCCGCCACACUAUUUUGCUAUUCAGUAAAUAUGUAUAUUUAUUGAUAUUUCAUAUGUUGUGUAUAUGUAGUGCCCUUUGAUCGUCGAGGUUCAGAGUACUUGUAUAUUUUUUGACUUUUUUCGAACGAGAGGUUGUGUCUCUUCAGUCGUCCCUCCAUCGCUCUGGUGUUCUCUCCGUCGCCACUUCUACGUGAUUGGAUGUUUGAAUAUGUGACCGUCUUUUAACCUUACAUUUUUAAUAUUCUCUCUCUCUCUCUCAAUGUCUUUCUUUCUUCUGGUCAUAUUGAUAUGCAGAAGUUGAAAUUAUCAAAAAGCACAUUCCUUAAUUUUCUUGUGUUUCUCUUUUGAUGCUUUCAUGUUGCGACAAUACAAAGGUGUGUAUACUAACUGCUACACACGUGUAUAUAGAGUGCAUAUAUGUGUACACAUGUGCAAUACACGCUAUUUGAGCAAUCUAUUACUGUGAUUAUAAUUCAUUAAAAUUGCUGUCUCUUUGA